CCGUGACCUGAGGCACGGACACUUCCGGGCAGGAUCACGAACUAUCACGGCAUGACCAGACCGUGACACUCUACAGAGUUUCUAUCAACCUCCACAAUGGCUGGCCACGCAUCUGGAGGAUUUAAUCCCCAUUUACCGGGCUUCCGAUACAAUUUUCUUGCCAAAGGACUGGGUGCAACAAUGUGGUUCUUCAUCUUCUACCGUUUCCGGUGCGUCUUACGUGCCUCUUCAAAUUCUCAAUCUGACUUUCCGUGAUCGCAUGCAGGCAAGAUGGUGGUAAACUCUUG